GGCGAUUGACAUUGGUUUCCAUGUAGUUUACAACCUUUCCAUAACAACACAAUUAUAAUGGCUUGUAAUUAUUACCCAGAUUUAAUUUUAUUAUAUUUCAGGUUAGGUUAUCUGGAAUGGUUGUAGACCGUAUCUAAUGUAUUAUAAUAUUUUUCAGAAGAGGGAGAUCAUUUUUGCGUUGCACACGUAAGCGCGAUCAAUGUUGGGGGCUUUACUUUUUUUUUCUCAGGGAGUCUUUACAUCUUUAACUUGACUUGUGACUAAAACCCUUUCAUCUUCAUAUUUCGGGAUUUGGGCAGACAAACGAAAUCCUCCAUCCAUUUCCCUGAGAACAGUAUUGGAAAGAUGAGCAGCCCUCCCAAAUCGACAACCAUACCUAACGUUGUAAAAGAGGAGGUCAUUGCAUCUGGGAAAUGGUUGAAACUUGAGAAGACCACCUAUGUGGACCCUGUUGGAAACACAAGAACUUGGGAGACUACGAAAAGGACAACCAGACAGGCCAAUGCAGCAGAUGGUGUGGGGAUCAUCGCUCUUCUGAAGAGGACCCUCCACAAAGACUGCGUUGUCAUGGUGAAGCAGUUCCGUCCACCAAUAGGGUGCUGUACCCUAGAGUUCCCUGCAGGUCUGAUUGACGAGGGUGAGAGUGCAGAGAUUGCGGCUCUGCGAGAGCUGAAGGAGGAGACUGGUUACAAGGGGGAGGUGGUAGGAGUCACCCCAGUGACCUGCUUGGACCCUGGCCUCUCUAACUGCACCACACAGAUCGUCAUGGUUAACAUCAAUGGAGACGACCUGGAAAGCACCAACCCCACACAGCAGCUGGGUGAUGGAGAAUUUGUUGAAGUUCUUCUUCUACCUCUUGAUGAAUUCCAGAGGGAAAUUGAUGACCUGAUGAAGAAGGAGAGGAUUGUGGUGGACUCUAAGGUUUACAUCUACGGCAUGGGGAUGUCCCAGGCCUUCUUUAAACCCAAUGAACUCAGAGUGCUCAAACAGUGAGAGAAAGAUGAGAUGAGAAGAGAAAGUAAACUGGAGAGAGUAGACUAGAUGGAUGGGAAUAGAGGGCAUUAGGUUGCUGACUCGUUUGUUGUAGUCUCUCUGUUACACUACGAAUAUGGACUAAGCCAGGGAUGAAACUGUCAACAGGGUGGCCAUUUUGUGGCUUUAAGCUGUUGUCUUGGGGAUCAGUCCAUGAGAUUCAUGGAGUGUUACCCUAUAGCUUGUAUUAUCCAAGACCAACCGCUUUUAUCGGUAUUCUUCUCUUUAUAUUGAGGUAUGCGCCAUACGUCUAUGCACCUUUACCUGUGGGGAUAUUCAUAAUUAGAUACCAUAUUUGUGAUUGUGAUAUUACAUGCUGUCUGAUAAUACAAAUUCUUACACUGAUAGGAAUAUAAUUGCUAAAUGAUAACUGUGAUUACAUACUGGAACAUUCCUCAAUUUCACUAACUCAAAUGACUAAGCUUCACUGUAAAAUAACUUUUAAAACGCACUGUUAUAAUAAUGUGCCUUGAAAGAUGUUACUCGCAACGGCAAUACUUUUGUGCAUUUAUGUCGACAUCCAUUAGUUCACACCAAUGCUCUGUUAGACCAAGGUAUAGGUGUAGAUGUAUCCUUACUGGUAUAAGGCUGACAUGCAGAUGCUCCUCACAUUUAAUUUAGCAAUUAUCAGUAAUUUAAUUAACUUGAUGUCAAUAAACAUGUUAUUCUUAUA